GCGGCGGGCGAAUCAGCAGCCACGCAGGAAAGGCGCGCGCGUGACGUCACGACCAGCGCGCUUUCCCGGGUUGCUCGCUGCCGGCGGCUGCAGUGCCGGUGCUUUGAAAUUAGCUGCUGCAGCUCCUUGGAGUUAGAAGGAGAGUGGUGUUGCUCUGCUAGUCCCUAUCUGAACCUAGAAGUGGUGCUGCCGCCGCUGCUGCCGCUUGAGGCAAGAGAGGCAAGUGGGUGCCGGUGUCUUUGGGAGCCAGUAUACCACCAUGGCUUGCAUCUGCCAGGAAAGAGACAGAAGGAUAAAAUGUAGCUCAGGAGCAGAAAAAAUACAGGAGAAGGGGAGAAUACAUUGAAAACACAAUGAAGGGUUCUCUGGGAAAGUGUAUGGUUUACAAAAGCAUUUCAGAGGCUCAGGAGAACAGUGAAUUGAUGGAUAGUCCAGAAUGUGCACAGCCUGUUGAAAUGGACUAUUCUGCUGAUGAUCUAUGUGAUCCAGCCAUUUGGCCAGAUUUAUUUGACAACUGCCCACGUAAUUUAAAGAGUUGCAAGAGAAAGCAAAAAAGAGCUUUCAGCAUGGAGACAGGACAAAGAUCUCAAGUAAUUGAGAAACUGGUUCUGAAUCCAGGAACAGCUCUCCCCAAGCUGGAUGAAAGCAAUUAUGAGACUUGGGCUUUAAAGAUGAAAGCAAUAUUCAUGAUAAAAGGACUCAACGAAAUCCUCACGGAUCAACGCCCAACCCAAGAUGCAGCUGCCUAGGCAUCGUGGGACAAGAAGAAUGAACAAGCAUUUGGACUUCUCAUCUUGAAUGUAAGCAAUGAUUUAUUGAUACAUAUGCGUGAUACUAGAAUUGCCUCAAAGCAUGGAAAAUAUUGGAGGAGCAAUGUGGGAAAGUUUCACCAAACGCUGCAGUUUUUUUAUUUAAAAGACUUUGCCAAACACAGCUAAAAGAAGGUGGUGAUUUCUCAGCUCAUAUGGCCAGUCUUUUAGAGACAAACAGACUUUUAAAACAAUGUGGAUCUGAAUUAAAUGAUCAAAUGUUUAUUGGACUGAUUUUACAAUCUUUGCCUCAAAGUUUUGAGCCUCUGACCAAGGCUCUAGAAGUAUCGGGCACUGAGCUUAAAUUGCAAAGUGUUAUAGCAAGUCUGAGGAGUUUUAGCUUUAAAAGGGAACAAGAAAGUUCCCAAGCUGGAAACCAAUGUGCUGCAACUUUUUCUAGCAAACAAAGAAAUUCCUUUGCCUAUAGAGAAGGCACGAAAUUCAAAGGCUAUAGGUCUGGUUUCCAUGACUACAGAGAUAACUCAGAGCCUAGGAAUGGGAAUGAGUAAUGACAACAGACAGAGAUAAACAAAGAAACAAACUGCAUGGCCACUCUGAAAGACAAAGGAAAGCCAGUACUGCCAGUUCUUUACCAAAAGCCAAGAGCUAUAAUAUGGGGAUGAUCAUGGACAAAAAGCAUGAUUCUAUUGUGGAUUCUGGAGCCAGUGAGGAUCUUUUGAACUAGCUGGCCCGGACAUAGAGCAUCUGCACCUCUAGUUCAUCUUCCUUCUCUGCCUCCACCCCUCUUUCUCCCCUGGCCUGGCCGCUGCUCUCUCUCUCUCUGCCAGCCGGCCUGGCCACCGCUCGCUCUCCCCACCGGCUGGCCACCUGGCCAUUAACCUUAUCUUUUCCACUGUCACUUUCCUCUCUCCCUCCCCUCACUCGUGAACUCUCGCGAGAGCUGUCACACAUGGGAUUAGCGACAGUACAGGAAGUGAUUGCCGCCAUCUCCAGUUAAGUGAAGGAAUAACCAAGUGGGCACAAAUUUCAGGGUAAAAACCGUACAGAGCUUGACACUAAGGGAAGCUGCCAGAAAUGUCUCCAAAAAGGGCUCGAGGGAAGGUCUCUCAGAUACCUGUGCCGAGGAAAGCUGAAAUGGAGCUACAAAGCUUCACAGAGGAGAGAGAGAGGAAAGCCAAACAGUAUGGAAUCGGACUGAGUAAGCGCAAAGGCACCACCAGCCCGCCAAAAUCCUAUCCAGGAAAGAAACACAUCUGCACUGACUGUGGGAAAAGCUUCUUGAAGUGCUCAGAUCUGAUUCAUCACCAAAAAACGUCCAAGGAGUGGAAGCUUUAUCAGUGUCUUGACUGUGGGAAAAGCUUUUGCAAGAGCUCAAGUCUUAACAGACACCAGCAAAAACACAUGCAUGAGAAACUCCAUGUUUGUGCAGACUGUGGGGAAAGCUUUGCAGACGAAUCGGCUUUGGCCCAGCACCAGAGAGCCCAGAUGGAAGACAAGCCCAGCCAGUGCAUUGACUGUGGGAAAACCUUUAGCCGCAGUUCCCACCGGAAGCAUCUCCGGAGAGCCCCACUGGAAAAACACCAGGCCCAGAGCAGCCAGCAGGGCAAUGCCGACCGUGUUUCCAGAGCUGCCAGGAAAAACCAAGAUGCUAAAGCCCACAAAGAGCGAGCUUCUUCUGCUAUUGAGAUUCCCAACACAUGUGAGGAAUGCUGGCAGAGCUUCAGCCAGACCUCAGACCUGGUCAAGCACAUGCGCAUCCACACCGGCGAGAAGCCCUUUGAGUGCAACCACUGUGGGAAGUGCUUCAACGUCAGCUCCAACCUUAUCCGGCACAAGAGAAUCCACACGGGGGAGAAGCCCUACACCUGCUCCGACUGCGGGAAGAGCUUCACCGACAAGUCCACCCUCACCCAGCAUAACCGCAUCCACACGGGGGAGAAACCCUAUAUGUGCACGUACUGCGGGAAGAGCUUCAGCCGCAGCUCCCACCACAAGAGGCACCAGAGGACCCACAGGGGAGAGAACACCAUCUCCUUCCUUCCCCAAUGGCCUUAUUCCACUCAAGCUUGUUAAAUCAAGGCUGCAGAAGGAGUAGACUGGUGGGGAAGCAGGAAACUCAGGGAAGUGGGCAUGGACAGGGUGGCAGUAGCUGCUGGGGCAAGCUGUACACCUGGUUGGUUAGGGAGGAGGCCUGACUUCUGUUAGACUUUCUAGUACCUUGGGAUCAUUGUAGCUGGGGCUGAUGGGAGUUGUAGUCUGGGGACCCAAAGUUGGGAACCUCUGGUCUAGUACCCAGGGUGGGAAAAGAAAGUUGCCUAACCAUGGAAGGGAAUAAGUAGCUGGUAGACUGGAGCAGAAUGGAUGUGUCCGCAUUUGCUUGUUAUGUGUUGACUGUGACUGCAUCCUCAUUCCAUGCAGACGGAAUAUUAGAUUUCUUUCUAGUUCUGAGUGAUCUAGGCACCCAUGAGCCAGAAACACUAGCCAGAUAUACUUCUCGCAAAGUUCCAUCAGCUACAGAAAGGGAACUUCACUUCUUGACUUGCAGGUGGCUUCUCUGUAUCUGGGUCAAAGCAGCCACUUGGUACCAGUUGCAGUCUCUCAGAUGAGGUUAUCCAGGGCAAAAAUCAACUAGGGAGUUCUUAUCUUUGUGUCUGGGUGCUUUCAAACAUUACUGUUACCCUUGGGCAAAUCAUCAGACACAUCCCUUGUGCUAUACUGUAUGCACGUACAGUGCAGGCUUUUGUGUGAAUGGCUGUACCUGCAUUCCUUUUUAAAGACAAGAUGGGGACUGGGUCCCUCAAAAAAGCAGAGUACAGAAUGCAUGUUUGUAUACACAGCGAACAUAAUGUAUGGAUAAUUAUACAUGAAUACAGAUCAACUGCUGUACAUUUUGUGUAUACAUACACAUAUGUUGAACAUGUGGGUGUAAUUUGCCCUGCACAGGACUUUAGGGCUAAUAUCCCCAAAAGCUGGCUUUAGGUCAGGCUUGUUGGUCCAGGAGCACAACGCUCAUAUUGAAUGCAGGAUGUCUUGGGUUCAAUGUCAGGGCCCCUGGAGAAGAAGGAGCUACACUUAAAGUAGAGCCAGCCAUCAUUCAAAGGUAGAGGCCAUCCUUGCACACAGAAAAUCCCAGCUUCAGUCCUCAGCAUCUCCAGUUAUAUAAUCUCAGGUAGCAGGGCUAGGAAAGAGAUCUCCCUGAUUAAGAUCAUGGAAAGAAGACAACUCUGCAUACGAUGGAACAAUGAGACAGGAAACUGCCUUAUUCUGAAUCGUACCCUUGGUCUAUCUAGCUCAGUAUUGUCUACACCAAGGCUGCUCAGCUUCAGCCCUCCUGCAGAUGUUGGCCUACAGUUCCCAUAAUCCCUGGCUAUUGGCCACUGUGGCUGGGGAUUAUGGGAGUUGUAGUUCAAAAAUAGCUGGGGGGGCGGCUAAACUGGCGGCAGCAGCACUCCAGAGUUGAAGAGGAGGUCUAUUGCAGCCCCACUUGGAGAUGCCAGAGAUUUAAAACGGGACCUUGCACACACUAAGCAACUGCUCAGUUACUGAGCUAUGGCUCCAUCCCCAGGGUGAUGUCCUGCCAAGGUAUAAUAGCUUCAUGUCCACCACUUCUUCUCUGGGACAUGUAGAAUGCGGGGCAAUAUAAACAUUACCUUAAAUGUGUUUUGGGCUAGCAUGCUUGUUUUUGUCGUCAGUAAAUAGCAGCUGGAACCUCUCCCCCACCCCAGAUCAGGACAGUGGGGUGAGGUUAAUCCUCUGCCCUAUCCGGGUGGUGGUGGCAGGGCGGAUGGUGGUGGUUCUGCAACUGCUGUUUGUCCUGGAAAAGAAGCUGCCAUUGGUGUCAGUCACACAAUAAUAUGCAUCUCUUGUCAAAUAAUGAUAUCCCGAAGAAGGAGUUUAAUUUCAAAAAAGCUAUAUACGGGAGUACAAGUUUACUGCAUGACUAUCAGGGGUGUAUCUAGGGUGGGGCAGGCAGGGCACGUGCCCCGGGCACCACUUGAAGGUGGGUGCCAUUUUUAAAAAUUUAAAAAAUGGCUGCUGAAAACAAAAUAAUCACCAUACAUGCUCAAAUGGCCUCUGUGAGGCCCUAGAGGCUAGUGGGGGGGAGGGGUUACCUUUGAAGGCCCCCCCCCACAGUCUUUAGGAAGCCCUCCAAAGGGGCUACCGGUAAUUUAUUAUAUAUAUAUAUAGAUAGAUAGAUAUAGAUAUAGAUAUAGAUAUAGAUAUAGAUAUAUAGAUAUAGAUAUAUAGAUAUAGAUAUAUAGAUAUAUAGAUAUACAGAGAUAUAUAGAUAUAUAGAUAUAUAUAGAUAUAUAGAUAUAUAGAUAUAUAGAUAUAUAGAUAUGUGUGUGUGUGUGUGUGUGUGUGUGUGUGUGUGUGUGUGUGUGUGUAUAACUGUACACAUAUUUAGUUUGGCACUAUGUACAGAGAAUCAGGGCUUGUGAAUACUGAGCUGGAGCUUAUGAGCUAGAAUUGGAUUCAUUUGCUCUCACUUUGCUUCUUGUGAUAAGUGAGUUAAAUGUGAUGUCUUAAUAAUAUGGCUAUUAAUGGUGAGUUUGUCUUUGAAUCAGUGUGAAAUCCUUAGUAUUAAGGCCACUGGGAGUUUCUUGCUCUUUUUCUCUCAUUUUAACUGUCUUUCUGGAAUACUAGAAUAUAUCCCAAGCAGUGACACAGUUUACUCUGCAUAUACUUUAAUUAUUUUCAGAGUAUCUGGGAAAAGUCAAAUUCUCCAUUUAUUUUUUAAACUUAUAUAAUAGUGAUGCUACAAUGCAUAGGAGAGAAUUAGACAGGCACUUCUGUUUAGUUUUCCAAGUAUACCUCCACAUAGUAUUUGGGUAUUUCAUGAGCCCCAGCACACUGAAAUUUGUAAUUUUCCAGCAUUUUUUUGUCUGGCUAUGUCCACUGCUAAAUAGUUUUUGAAAUAUUAAAAGAUUAAUGAGCUUGA